AUGCUUCCAAUAGAAAAGGAAACUUCUAGAGUUGCUACAACUAAACCAUUAGAUGAACUUUUUACGAAUGUCGGUCAAAAGUUUGAGACAGAGACCGUAAAGCAUGAAGGCUAUCGUUUUGACUACCCGUUAAGAUGGCUAAGAGACCCAUCCGUCACAAAAGCUAUUGGCUUUCGUAGAAUGAAGUUCAUUUCAGAAGCCAUACAUGGUUUCCCAUUUACGGUCGGUUUUGAAGUUCGAUACUAUAACAAAGAAAAACGUACGUAUGAGAAAUUUGAACAGGGAAAACUUUUACAAGUGAAUUUGCUUGUAAACUUAGAAACAACUCUUCAAGCUUUUCAAGAAAAAAUAAACGAUAUCUAUCUCGAAUAUGCAAACCAGUAUAA